AUGUCUGUCUUUACCAAGGAGGCCUUCCAGAUGUCGGCUAUGCCGACUCCCAUCAACUCGGCGCCCGCCUCGGUCGCCCCCUCGCGUCGUGGCUCGUUCGCCGGCUCUGGCGCCGACACUCCCGUUGACUCGCACAUCGUUGAGAUCAACGUCGAGUCCGUCCUCUUCGACAUGGACGGCACUCUGAUCAACUCGUCGCCUGCCGUUGUCAAGGCCUGGGAGCUCUUCGCAGAGAAGUACCCCCUCGACCUCGAGGAGAUCCUCCGCUCGGCCCACGGUAUGCGCACCAUCGACGUCCUUCGCAAGUGGUGCAAGGUCACCGACGAGCACAUUGAGGCUGAGGUCGUCCGCUUCGAGACCGCCAUCCUCGAAAAUGCCGAGGAGAUCGGCCGCCAGACUGGCAAGAGCGGCAUCGAGGUUCUUCCCGGUGUCCAGAAGCUCCUCGCCGACCUGAGCGAGCACAAGCACCUGCGCGACGGCGAGCUCAAGUGGGCCAUCUGCACUUCCUCCACCCACUUCUACGCCGGACAGGCCAUCCCCAUCGCCGGCCUCGAGACGCCCAAGAUCUUCGUCACUGCCGACUCGGUGCAGCGCGGCAAGCCCUUCCCCGAUCCCUACCUUCUCGGCGCCAAGGGUUGCAACGCCUCGCCCUUCGAGUCCCUCGUCGUCGAGGACGCCCCAACCGGUAUCCGCUCGGGCAAGGCUGCGGGCUGCCGCGUCCUCGCAACCUGCACGUCGCACACGGCCGAGGAGCUCGAGAAGGAGCGCCCCGACUUCCUCGUCGAGGACCUCUCAAAGGUCCAGGUCGCGUGGGACGACGAGACCAAGACGUUCAAGAUGGUGAUCGAGCAGCCUGUCGGCCGCGUCGACCCCCGCCCAACGCCCGACUCGACGCCGCUCGUCACCCCCGCCGUGUCCCGCGCCCAGUCCUUCUCGGGCGACCGCCAGCGCAUGGCCGCCGCCUUGGCCCCCACCGGCGAACUCACCGGCAACGACUCGGUCGUCGGGUCACCCGCCACCUCGCGCCCAUCUUCUCCAGGGAUUCCCACUGAGAAGACCGGCGCCGAGCGCCGCACAUCCACGGGCGCUGCUGCUCACGUCACUCUUGAGGCGUUCAAGCGCGCCCUCGCUGGUAACGCCACCAAGGUGCGCGAGCUCGCUGCCGAGGAAUAA